AUGGAUCCAUUUUCAGCAGAGGGCGAGCUCCUCAACUUGCACAACUAUUUCCACCAGGGACAAUACCAAGAAGCCAUUGAUUUCGAUACCAGUGCCCUUUCACCGGAGAAUGCACUUCCAGCGCGCGUUAUUUCACUAAGAGCUCAAAUCGCACUUGGACAAGCUGAGGAUGUUCUCGCAGAUGUACAAGGGGAAGAUAAUGCAGAAUUGAAGGCCGUAGGAGCUUUGGCUGUAUUUGCAUCCGGGGAUGAAGAGAAAGCUGUCGCGAUGGUAUCUAAGCUAGCAGAGGACUCAAGCGACAAUGCGACGGUGCAGGUAUUGGGUGGAACAGUGCUACAAGCUGCAGGAAAGAGUGAGGAAGCUUUACAAUUGUUGGCAUUGCACCAGGGUAACCUUGAGGCCGUGGCUCUCAUUGUUCAAAUCCAGUUGGAACAAAACCGUACCGAUUUAGCUAUCAAAGAAGUUCAGCAAGCUAGAAGAUGGGCUCAAGACAGUCUGUUGGUUAACUUGGCCGAGUCUUGGGUGGGACUUCGAGUUGGCGGUGAGAAAUACCAACAAGCAUUUUAUGUUUUCGAAGAACUCGCACAAGCUCCAUCAACAUCGUCAACUCGAAGUCUUGUCGCACAAGCUAUCGCGGAAAUACAUCUAGGCAGAUUAGAGGAAGCAGAAGCAGCAUUAGAACAAGCUUUCAGCAAGGACCCAGAAAAUGCCGAAGUUCUCACGAACAAGGUCGUUCUGAACACUAUCUCAGGGAAGGAUUCCAGUGAUUUGUUUAGUUCGUUAAAAAGUACCUCACCAGAACAUACAUUCCUGAAAGAUUUGGAGGAAAAGAGUUCACUGUUCGAUAAAGCAGCUACAAAGUACUCUGCAAAGGUCGCAGCCGCAUAA